AUAUGCCUCGGGAGCAGCCCAAGAAAUGGCAAAAUCACAAAACAAACAAACAAACAAAAAAACCCCAAAAAACCCCUACCUUCUGCCCAAGUCAGGCUUAAGUAUAUAUGUUAUAAAGGGUGAUGACUGCCAAGACACUGUUUUAGAUGAUUCACGUUACUUCACAGAUACUUUAGUUCCUUAAUGAUUUUUGUUUUAAGGAAGGAAAACAAAUUCAUGUGCAGUCUCCGAUAAAAUACUAUCUUAAGUCACCAAAAGCAGCAUGUUGAAAUGUGCAUUUAGCCUUUAAAGUCAAUUUAUUAACAUGUUGUGGUUUUAUAGUCUUUCCUCAGUGAUUUUCAUACUGAAUUUGUUUCUUUCCUAGUUAAAAGCUGCAUUUUGAAGGGGUGGUAUACAUUCUCUUUGCAAAAUCUCAGAAUUAGACUGUCUUUUUUUAGCCCUGGUGUUAGAAUGGAGCCGGUACAUUUGUUGUUGAUAUCUGAGCCUCCUAAAACCUGGUGCCCUCCUUUGUGUUUGUUCUGAGUGUGAUGCAGAAUUGUCCUGGCUACAUCAGACAUGAGAACACUUGGCCAAUUCAGUUUAGAAUUCCACUUUUUGUGGUAUAUGGGUGUUCAUAGAGUUUACAAGGCUGACUGUGUUUUGAGCUUCUCACUACAUUGUUCUGACAUCGUGACCUAGGCCUCCUGGAGAGCUGUAUUUUUGGAAGGUAUGGAUUAGCGUGGUGCAUUAUAGUAAUAUAGAUAUAAAAAUGACUUUUCCAAGUGGGCAGAGUCAUUGGUGAAGUAUAGAUGUAAAUCUGAGCCAGCCUCUUGGGCAUUCUCGUUGCUUACUAAAUGGCUUAUUAUAAAACUUGAUGGAGAUUAUUAAAUCUCUCAGCCAUUCCCUCCUUUUAGAGUUGUAAAAAUCACCUGAUUUAUGUACCUUGUAAUAAAGGAGAAAUAGGUCUGAAAUAAUUGAGAAAAUUGUUUACAUUUCACUUGAUCUAGCAUCAUGAGAAUCUGUUCUCCAUUUUUUAGUGUGUUUCUGUGCAAGAAAGAAAUAUUUACUCAGUAAUCAUCUUUAAGAUACAGGUUCUUUUAUUACCUAGGUAUCGCUCAAUUUUUUUCAGGAAUAUACCUUUUUACAUAAAAGGAGAUACUUCUCUAGUUUUGUUUUUCUCUUUGUUACCUUUUCUUCUUCAUCUGCCCGAAGAUAAAAUAUGAUGCAGAAAUCCAACUGAAAAAGAAGUCUGACUUUUGUGUGAUGUUUUUUAUGUGUGCAAGUAAUUAACCAAUAAGGCAUUCUUAGGCAAAACCAAAGCAUUUCUUUGAGUAAAUAACGAAGAUAGGAUACCAUCCAGACCUUCACUGCUUUUACAUCCUUAGUGCCUCUGAAAUCCAUGCAUUUCUCUCAUCUGGGUUAGCUCCAUCCUCUCUUGUAGACAAUAGCUUCUUAACCAUUGGUCUUCUUGCAUCUACCCCGUCCACUCUCCUAUGUUGAGUGACAUGUUGAUUUCAUGGUGCCCCUUUGCUUCUCCAUCCUGUCUCUCAUUGCUCUUAAAAAGUAAGUCAAGAUCUUUAAUGUGUACCAGGCUCUGUGAAGUCCUGCCUCUGACCUCAGCGACCUCAUCUCUGACCAUGCUCUCACCAGCUCUCAGGACCUCAGCUCCAUGGUCUUCCUUUCAUUUCUUACCACACCCAUAUUCUUUUAAAACGCCGCAGGGCCUUAGCAUGUGCUAUUUGCUCUCCUUGGAACGUCAUCCUCCUCCACCCCCACCAUCUUCAUACCUCUCCCCCUCUAGUCCCUUUGCUUAUUGAGUCAACUCCUUUUAUCUCAAAUUCAGGGAAGCCUCUUGACACCAGCUGGGUCUCACUCUUACAGGCUUGUUGAAAUUAACUUUCUAGGCCCAAGACGGAACCUCUCUUGACCCGGAGGGGUCCCCACUAGCAACUGACAUGUGGAUGAUGCUGGGGUCCCCAAAACUGCUCUACUUGACUAGAGACACAAUUCUGGAAGCCUUUUUCUGGAAAUUGCCGGCAGUGCCAAAUGUUGGAGAAGUCUCUUCUGCUCCUCUGAGAGAGUGAAGUGAACAAAAGCAACUCAGCAGAAGGCUGUGGAAGAGACUGACCACAGGCUUUGAAAGGUGACAAUGAAGCGUGAAGAAGUUACAUUUCUACUGUGACGCUUGAAAGUUAGUGACUGCUUACCGAGUUUUCGUGAAAAUCAAAUAUGACUUAGAAGCAUCUGGCUUAUGAAGGCUUAUGAUGACAUCAGUUGCGACAGAAAGCAAACUCCAGCAGGCUGUGAGCCUGCAGGGGGUUGACCCAGAAACAUGCAUGAUUGUAUUUAAAAACCACUGGGCUCAGGUUGUGAAGAUCUUAGAGAAGCAUGACCCCUUGAAGAACACCCAGGCAAAGUAUGGGUCCAUCCCUUCAGAUGAGGCCAGUGCUGUGCAGAACUAUGUAGAACACAUGCUCUUCUUGCUGAUUGAAGAGCAGGCCAAGGAUGCUGCCAUGGGGCCAAUCCUGGAAUUUGUGGUCUCGGAGAACAUCAUGGAGAAGCUCUUCCUUUGGAGCCUGAGGCGGGAAUUUACCGAUGAGACUAAAAUGGAGCAGCUGAAGAUGUACGAGAUGCUGGUCACCCAGUCACACCAGCCUCUGCUGCACCACAAGCCCAUCCUGAAGCCCCUGAUGAUGCUGCUGAGCUCUUGCUCGGGAACGGCCACCCCUGCCGUGGAGGGGAAGCUAGUUGUCCUGCUCAGUCAGCUCUGUUCUAUUCUUGCCAAAGACCCGUCCAUCCUGGAGCUCUUCUUCCACACCAGUGAGGACCAAGGGGCUGCCAACUUCCUCAUCUUCUCCCUCCUGAUUCCCUUCAUCCAUCGGGAGGGGACCGUAGGCCAGCAGGCCCGGGAUGCUCUGCUCUUCAUCAUGUCUCUCUCUGCCGAGAACAGCAUGGUGGCCCAACAUAUCGUGGAGAACACCUACUUCUGUCCAGUGCUGGCGACCGGGCUCAGUGGCCUCUACUCUUCCCUGCCGACGAAGCUGGAAGAGAAAGGCGAGGAGUGGCACUGCCUUCUCAAGGACGACUGGCUCCUGCUCCCGCCCCUGGUCCAGUUCAUGAACUCGCUGGAGUUCUGCAACGCCGUCAUCCAGGUGGCGCACCCCUUGAUUCGUAAUCAGCUUGUCAAUUAUAUUUACAAUGGAUUCUUGGUCCCAGUCUUGGCUCCUGCUCUCCAUAAGGUGACUGUGGAGGAGGUCAUGACCACAACUGCCUAUCUGGACCUUUUUCUGCGUAGCAUCUCCGAGCCUGCGCUACUUGAGAUCUUCCUCCGUUUUAUCCUGUUGCACCAGCAUGAGAAUGUCCACAUCCUAGAUACUCUCACGAGCCGAAUCAAUACUCCAUUUCGGCUUUGUGUGGUGUCCUUGGCGUUAUUUAGAACUCUCAUCGGUUUACAUUGUGAAGAUGUGAUGUUGCAGCUAGUUCUAAGGUAUCUCAUCCCCUGCAACCACAUGAUGCUGAGUCAGAGGUGGGCCGUGAAAGAGAGAGACUGUUACUCUGUUUCUGCGGCCAAGCUGCUCGCCUUGACCCCGGUCUGCUGCUCCAGCGGGAUCACCCUGACGCUCGGAAACCAAGAGAGGGAUUAUAUUCUCUGGUCCAAGUGCACGCAGGACAGUCCAGGGCCCAUGGAGCAGCGGCUCCCUGAAACGCUCUCGCCAUCCGCCUGCAUCGUGGAGGCCGGCAGAGCCCUGGACAUCAGCUACCUGCAGUACCUCUGGGAGGCCCACACCAACAUCCUGCGCUGCAUGAGGGACUGCCGCGUGUGGUCUGCCCGCUACGACGGAGACUCCCCCGAUCCCGAGGCGCUUGGCCCUGGACCGCCGGUUCCGCUGGAGGAGAGGGCGCCCCGCUCCACCUCCCCUGCGCUCAGCCAGCGGCCCGUCCUCAGGACGCCCGGGCCCCCCCUGGCUCUGGGCAAGGACAGGAGCCACGUGGAGCUGGAGUGGGACGAUAGCUAUGACACCGGCAUCUCCUCGGGGGCAGACGGGGGCUCCCCUGGGCCAUCCGAGGAUGCAGAGAACUCGGGCCCCCCGGCCCCAGUGGAGCCCCCCAAGCACAUCCAGGAGAUGAAGAAGAAUGCCAUCCUGCUUUUCAAAGGGGCCUACAUCGAAGAGGCCGAUUUCCAGGACGAUGUGAUGGUGUACAGGUUGUGCUCUGAGAAGGACGCAGAGGAGGCCAGGAGCUCCCAGGAGGGCGGCGCGAGGCCCCCAACCCAGGCCCAGACCGAGGUGCAGAGCCCCACCGCGCACAACGGCCCCCUGCCCGGCGCUCAGCCAGAGACAGAUUCGGAAGAGGAACGCGGCAGGGAUGAAUCAGACGCGUUGCAGAGCGUAGCCAAGGAACCCGAGCGAGACCAAGUGCCUGAGGUCGUCCCAGGACCAGAUCCCGAGUUAGUGCCCCACUCUCCCCAGGCAGAGCACGAUGCACACCUGGCGACCACCAACCCCGAGGGCGAAGAUUUCAUUGCCCAGUAUGACCAGAUCAUUAAAGAACUGGAUUCUGGCACGGAGGGCUCGAUGGAGCAGUGCUUCUCCUCUCCUGAUCCCCUGCUUCUCACAAAGGAGCCAGAGGGGGAGCAGGACCAGAGGAAAGGAGACGAGGAGGAGGGGCCAAGGGAACCCGAGGAGGAGGAGGAGGACGACGACUUUGACUCUUUCAUAGCGGAGACUCCAGCUGCAGAGACCCAGCCGUUCCCAUUUGGGGCGAGAGAUGAGGCCACCGGUGGCAGUCACCGUCCAUUGAGGACUCAGAGCACCCCGUUCACAGGGCCCUUCAUCAGUGUGGUGCUGUCCAAGCUGGAGAACAUGCUGGAGAACUCGCUGCACGUGAACUUGCUGCUUAUCGGCAUCAUCACGCAGCUGGCCAGCUACCCGCAGCCCCUCCUGCGCUCGUUCCUGCUCAACACCAACAUGGUCUUCCAGCCCAGCGUGCGCUCCCUCUACCAGGUCCUCGCGUCUGUGAAAAACAAGAUUGAGCAGUUUGCCUCCAUGGAGAGAGACUUCGCGGGCCUCCUCAUCCAAGCGCAGCAGUACCUGCUCUUCCGCGUGGACCUGUCUGACCCAAGCCCCGAGGCACCCACCAAAGAUCCUGUUCAGGAUGCCUCCAGGACAGCAAGUGGCAAGAACUUUUUGGAUGGCCCCCCAAGAGUGCUUCAGCCCUUCCUGACACACAGAGCCAAGCUGGCAGGGGCACCCCCCAGCCUGCCUGGGCCAGUGAGGAACACCAUGCUGGCCGCCGCCCUCUUCCCCGAGUUCCUGAAGGAGCUCGCUGCCUUGGCCCAGGAACACUCUAUCCUCUGCUGCAAGGUCCUGGGCGACCUGGACGACUCCUGCUGUUAGCUUUGUUGUAGUUGUUGUUUUUAAUAGAGGUUUUUGUUUUGUUUUGUUUUGUUUUUAAGGUUUUAGUGUCCUGACUGAAUGUUAAAGGCAAAGCUGCUUACAGAAAUCUCUAUUUUGAGAUUUCCUGCCGAUACUUGAUUGGUGGGGAAGGAGGUUUUCUGGGCACCUCCCCUCUCUCCAGCCGGGUCUUUCCACCGUGUGUCCCUGAGAACGUAGGUCUCAGCAGCCGGUUGCUCCCCUGGCCAGGCUUUCUUGGCUUCCUUUUUCCUGAGUUUUUGGUCCUUAUUCUUCCGUCCCUUUGAGUCAUCCCUCGGCUGGUAGCUGGGAUCACAGCAAGCGAAUACUGGGGGGUCAGUGAUUUCUGGAGGUGCCUGGGUCAGAAGGCGGGCCCUUCAGCACGUGGAGAUUGCACAUCUGCCCCUGCAACCUGCAUCUGGGAUUCCGUUUUAUAAAAGGGAAGAACAUGGGUGGCGCCCCUCUUGCCUUCGCCACGUAAACACAUAUCAUCCAUCCCUUUGCAUUUUACUUCCAAGACGGCUAUUCUGCCAGACACGUGUUGCCUUAUGGUGCGGGCAGAUCCACUGGUCUCAGCACUCUGCCUGGCAAGUGGGAUGUCACUGGAGAGAAUUUGGAAUGCAGAGCUUUCUUUACUCAGUAUAUCGCUACCUAAACACUGAAAACAGCCUUAUUUUAGUAAGAUUUGCACAAGAUGAAACAUACCUAUGCAAACUGUUACUUUGGUUUUUAGGACUUUGAUCACCCUGAUGAAGAAAAGCAUGGUAUCAUAUAAGAUGACAACCAUUGUUAUUUUUUUAAGUAUUUUAUGAAGAACAAAAUGAUUCAUUUGUGGAACUAUUUCAUGGUUUGGGGUGUGUGUGUGUGUGUGUGUGUGGAGGGGUGGGGAGGAUAAAGGUAAACUAAAUACAAUCUGUGCAAA